AUGGAGAAACUGGCGGCCGGAUUGGCCGGCUUGCGCUGGAGCAUGGGCGCCUUCCCGCUCGAUCUCAUCGUCAGCCGCUGCCGCCUGCCCACGCUCGCUUGCCUCGGGCCAGGGGAGUAUGCGGAGGGCGUCAGCGAGCGAGACAUCCUGCUCAUCCAUUCCUGCCGCCAGUGGACCACGGUGACAGCCCACACCCUGGAGGAAGGCCACUAUGUCAUCGGGCCCAAGAUUGACAUCCCUCUCCAAUACCCAGGGAAGUUCAAGCUCUUGGAGCAGGCGAGGGACGUGCGGGAACCAGUGAGGUAUUUCAGCAGCGUGGAGGAGGUGGCCAGCGUCUUCCCAGACCGCAUCUUUGUGAUGGAAGCCAUCACCUUCAGCGUCAAGGUGGUGUCUGGUGAAUUCAGCGAGGACAGCGAGGUGUACAACUUCACGCUGCACGCGGGAGACGAGCUCACCCUUAUGGGCCAGGCGGAGAUUCUGUGCGCCAAGAGCACCAAGGAGCGUUCGCGCUUCACUACGCUCCUGCGCAAGCUGGGCCGGGCCGGGGCGCUGGCCGGGGUGGGCAGUGGUGGCCCAGGGACUGCCGGGGGCUCGGGCAGCAACGGCGGCGGGGCGGGGGCUCGGCCCAUCAAAGGCAAGAUGCCCUGCCUCAUCUGCAUGAACCACCGCACCAAUGAGAGCCUGAGCCUGCCCUUCCAGUGUCAGGGCCGCUUCAGCACACGCAGCCCGUUGGAGUUGCAGAUGCAGGAGGGCGAGCACACGGUGCGCGCCAUCAUUGAGCGUGUGCGGCUGCCAGUGAACGUGCUGGUGCCCAGCCGGCCUCCGCGCAACCCCUACGACCUGCACCCAGUGCGCGAGGGCCACUGCUACAAGCUGGUCAGCAUCAUCUCUAAGACCGUGGUCCUGGGGCUGGCGCUGCGCCGCGAGGGCCCGGCGCCGCUGCACUUCCUGCUGCUCACCGACACACCACGCUUCGCGCUGCCCCAGGGCCUGCUGGCGGGGGACCCGCGCGUCGAGCGCCUGGUGCGUGACAGCGCCUCCUACUGCCGCGAGCGCUUCGACCCAGACGAGUACUCUACCGCCGUGCGUGAGGCGCCCCCCGAGCUCGCCGACGACUGCGCCAGCCCGCGUCGUGGACGCCUCUGCCUGCCCGCGCUGCGCGCCCCCGUACCCACCCGCAUCCCCGGCCCGCUCGUGCCUGCCCCUGCGACUGCCCCUGCCGGCGAUGGCGACCAGGAGUACGUGAGCCCGGACUGGGCUGCCGCCAACACUGCCGCACCACCCGCGGAGAUCCCCUAUGAAGAGCUGUGGGCACACCAGGCUCCUGAGAGCCUCGCUGAGGCCCGCACGCGGCCGCUGCCCCCUGGGCCCGACCUAAUCUCCUUUGGGGCUCCCAUGCCACCAUCGCGUAGGGAGCUCGAGACGCCGCCUCCUGUCCCUCCCAAGUCCGAGGCGGUGAAGGAAGAGUGUCGCUUGCUCAACGCGCCACCUGUGCCUCCGCGGGGUGGCAGUGGCAGUGGCCAGCUCUCCGGCAGCCCCCCGGUGCCCCCUCGCUUCCCCAAGCUGCAACCUGUCCACUCCCCCAGCUCCAGCCUCUCUUUCUAUUCUGCUGGCCUCCAGGAUGGGGCAGGCUCCCGCAGUGGUAGUGGCUCCCCAUCCCCGGAUGCCUACUCCCUCUAUUGCUACCCAUGCUCCUGGGGAGACUGCAAGGCGGGCGAGUCCCCCAGCCGGCCACCCCCAGGACCUCUUCCCUCCACCACACAGCCGGGCCAGGCCUCCCGGGUUCCCACAGAGUCACUGAGCACUAGAGCUGCUGCCGUUCUGGGGGCAGACGUUCCCAGCAAGGCCUUGCAUGGCUGCCUGCCUGCGUUCAAGCCCUCUCACCCUCCAAAACGCUUCAUGCCCUUUGGAGCCCUCAAUCCCUUUUCUGGCCCCCCCUACCCAUCAGGCCCUGCAGUGGCCACCUCUUCCGGGCCCACUAAUGCCUCGGGCCCACUGGCUACCUCCAGCCCUGCUUAUUCUGCACACCCAGCCUCCCCAGGCCAAGCCUACCUACCUGCUGCCCCCUCCUCCUGCCCACCCUCCUUGUCUUCUUCCUCUGAGUGGCAGGAAACAUCCCUGGAGCCCCUGGAGCCCUUCGAGCUGGGCCAGGGUAUUUCUGCUGAGCCCGAGCUGCUGUGCUGUCCAGAGCCCCGAGCAGUGGGGGCCCCUGGGCCCUGCCUCUCGCCACUUGGCUCCACCAAGGCCUUUGAGCCUGAAGGUUUGGUCGUGCGGCAGGUUCCCACCCCGCUGUCACCAGCUGCCCUUCCGGGGUCUGAGGCAGGUGGGGCACGACUCUUCCUCUCGCAGGGGCGCCUAGAUGGGCCCCCAGGCAGUCCCCGGGAUGGAGCUGUGGGCUCUGGCAGCCGGGAGUCCUCAUCGCCAUCGUCGUGGCAGCCCCCUGCUGACCUGUCUGCGCUCUCCCUGGAGGAAGUGUCGCGUAGUCUGCGGUUUAUCGGACUCUCGGAGGAUGUGGUGAGCUUCUUUGCUCGCGAGCGCAUCGACGGCAGCAUCUUCGUGCAGCUCAGCGAGGACAUCCUGGCAGACGACUUUCACCUCACCAAGCUGCAGGUCAAGAAGGUUAUGCAGUUCAUCAAAGGCUGGCGGCCCAAGAUCUGAUCCAGCCAGCCUGGGACUGCCCAGCACCAAUGACAGAGCCCCUGGGAACCUGGCUGUAGGGAAGGUCUGAGCUAAGACCCAGGCCACUCAAGAGUGCCUACUCUGACUGAGCCACAGUGGGAGCCCUGCCUGGAGUGCACAGAACAUAUGGGUGGGGACUGGAAGCACCACGCUGGCCUUA